AUGAAGACAGACUUCAAGUUCUCCAAUCUCUUGGGGACCGUGUACCGCAAAGGAAAUCUUCUCUUCACCCCAGAUGGCACCUGCUUGCUCUCGCCAGUAGGCAAUCGAGUCUCGGUCUUUGACCUGGUCCAUAACACCUCCUAUACUCUGCCAUUUGCCCACCGCACUAGCAUCGACCGCCUCGAUCUUUCGCCCAGAGGCAAUCUCCUGCUGACCGUGGAUGAAAAUGGCCGAGCGAUCCUGACCAAUUUCCAGCGCCGGAUCGCAAUCCACCAUUUCUCCUUCAAGGGACGAGUGUCGGCUCUCAAAUUCUCCCCCUCGGGGCGCCAUUUUGCGGUGGGUGUGGGCAGACGCCUGCAGAUCUGGCAGACACCUUCCACCCCAGGGACCGAGACCAAUGGCGAGAUUGAAUUCGCACCAUUCGUGCUACACCGGGACCUUGCCGCGCACUUUGACACCCUCCGGAGUAUUGAGUGGUCGAGCGAUUCGCGGUUUCUUCUCACUUCCUCCAAGGACCUGACGGCGCGCGUGUGGAGUUUGGAUCCCGAGGAAGGGUUUGAGCCAACGACGUUGGCUGGACAUAGACAGGGUGUGGUGGCUGCAUAUUUCUCUGGUAAUCAGGAAUUGAUUUACACGGUCAGUGAAGAUGGCGCACUAUUUCGCUGGGAGUAUGUCUCCAAGAAAGAUCCAGACACAAUGGAUGAUAUCGCCGAGGCUCGGUGGAGAAUUGUCAAAAAGGAUUUCUUCAUGCAGAAUGAUGCCAAGGUCAACUGCGCCGCCUUCCACGCCCCGUCUAACUUGCUAGUUGUUGGCUUCUCCAAUGGCUUGUUCGGGUUGUAUGAUCUGCCAGAGUUCAAUAUGAUUCAUCAGCUGAGCGUCUCUCAAAGCAACAUUGACGUUGUGACUGUCAACCAGUCUGGUGAGUGGCUGGCAUUCGGCUCUUCAAAGCACGGCCAGCUGCUGGUUUGGGAGUGGCAGUCUGAAUCCUACAUCCUGAAGCAGCAAGGUCACCUCGAUUCGAUGAAUGCCCUGGUCUAUUCCCCCGACGGCCAGAAGAUCGUGACUGCUGCCGAUGAUGGCAAGAUCAAGGUCUGGGAUGUUAAGUCGGGCUUCUGCAUUGUGACCUUCACGGAGCAUUCGAGCGGUGUUACCGCCUGCGAGUUUGCCAAGAAGGGAAGUGUUCUCUUUACAGCAUCUCUGGAUGGUUCAAUUCGGGCUUGGGAUUUGAUCCGCUACCGCAAUUUCCGAACAUUUACGGCACCGUCCCGGCUUUCAUUCUCCUCCCUAGCAGUGGACCCCAGCGGCGAGGUGAUCUGUGCCGGCUCGCCUGAUUCUUUUGACAUCCACGUGUGGUCAGUGCAGACCGGGCAGCUGCUCGACCAGCUUUCUGGCCACGAGGGCCCUGUCUCAAGUCUUGCAUUCGCCGCAGAUGGAAACCAUCUUGUCAGUGGCAGUUGGGAUCAUACGGUGCGAAUUUGGAGCAUCUUCGGUCGGACACAGACGAGUGAGCCUCUUCACCUGAUGUCCGAUGUCCUCAGCGUGGCUUUCCGCCCUGAUGGACAGCAAGUUGCCGCGUCAACGCUUGAUGGACAACUCUCGUUCUGGUCUAUCACGGAUGCGGUGCAGCAAGGUAAUAUUGACGGCCGUCGUGACGUCUCUGGAGGACGCAAAGUCUCGGACCGUCGGACUGCCGCCAGUGCGGCAGGGACCAAAUCCUUCAAUCGGAUCAGAUACAGUGCGGAUGGCAGCUGUAUUCUGGCCGGUGGGAACAGCAAGUUUAUCUGUUUGUACGAUGUCGGAACGGGGUCUCUAAUCAAGAAGUUCACCGUUUCGGUUAACACGUCGAUCGAUGGCACGCAGGAGUUCCUGAACAGCCGGGACUUGACCGAGGCUGGCCCACGCGCCCUCAUUGAUGAUACUGGCGAAGCAUCUGAUCGGGAAGAUCGGGUUGACCGUACUCUUCCUGGCGCAAAGCGUGGCGAUGCCGGUGCACGUACUACCCGUCCGGAAGUACGCGUGACAUCGGUCGACUUUGCACCCACUGGAAGGUCAUUCUGUGCUGCUUCCACAGAGGGCCUAUUGGUUUACGGAGUGGACACCGAUUUCCUCUUCGACCCCUUCGAUCUCGACAUUACUAUCACCCCAUCGACCAUCCUUGCCACAUUAGAUGCCGCGAAGGCGGCAUCCGAUUCCAACACCGUGGACGAUGACAACACGUUCCUGAAGGCGCUGAUUAUGGCAUUCCGGUUGAACGAAUCCACGCUUAUCCGUGCCGUAUAUGAGGGGAUCUCUCCAUCGGAUAUCCCGCACGUGGUCCGGUCUGUGCCCACCGUCUACCUACCUCGUCUUCUCCGUUUCGUCGCACACGCAGCAGAAGAGACCCCUCAUCUCGAGUUUAAUCUACUUUGGAUAGAAUCGCUCUUCAGCAGCCAUGGCCGGUAUUUCAAAGACAACUCCGGAACCUUUGCACCGGAACUGCGCGCUGUCCAGCGUGUCAUCGAUGACAUUCGGGAGAAUCUCAAGCGGUUGACGGAAAAGAACCUCUACGACCUCAACUACCUGCUUUCUCAGCCCGUUCUCGCUGCCAAGAAUCCGACUAGUGCUUUAAUCGCCGUUCAAUCGCUUGAAGACAAUGGCGCUGACGAUCAGAUGGAUGAUGCGGAAUGUGAUGUGGAUGGAGAGGGGGAGUGGGUUGGUCUUGAAUGA